AUGGGGUCAUUUAAGACUUCUGUUUUCAUCUUUGUCCUUUAUCUUCUGGAAAGAGCCCUGAGCAAUUCACUUAUUCAGUUGAAUAAUAAUGGCUAUGAAGGAAUUGUCAUUGCAAUUGACCCUAAUGUACCGGAAGAUGAAACACUCAUUCAACAAAUAAAGGAUAUGGUGACCCAGGCAUCUCCAUACUUGUUUGAAGCUACAGAAAAUAGAUUUUAUUUCAAAAAUGUUGCCAUUUUGAUUCCUGAAAAUUGGAAGGCAAAACCUGAGUAUGUGAGACCAAAACUCGAGACCUACAAAAAUGCUGAUGUUUUAGUUGCUGAAUCAAAUCCUCCAGGUAAUGAUGAACCCUAUACUGAGCAGAUAGGAAACUGUGGAGAAAAGGGCGAAAGGAUUUACUUCACUCCUGACUUCUUAGCAGGAAAAAAGUUGCUUGAGUAUGGGCCACAAGGUAGAGCAUUUGUCCAUGAAUGGGCUCAUCUACGAUGGGGACUAUUUAAUGAGUACAAUAAUGACCAGAAAUUCUACUUAUCCAAUGGAAAAAACAAAGCAGUAAUGUGUUCAGGAGCUUUUACUGGUAAAAGCGUAACAAAGAAAUGUCAGGGAGGCAGCUGCAUCACCAAAGCCUGCAGACCAGACAGAGUAACAGGGCAAUACGAAAAAGAAUGCCAGUUCGUGCUUGAUAAAGUGCAGACUGAGAAAGCUUCCAUAAUGUUUGCACAAAGUGUUGAUUCUGUGGUCAAAUUCUGUACAGAACAAAACCAUAAUAAAGAAGCCCCAAAUAUGCAAAACCAAAGGUGCAAUCUCCGAAGCACAUGGGAAGUGAUCCGUGAUUCUGAGGACUUUAAGACAACCACUCCUAUGAAUACACAGCCUCCCAAGCCAACCUUCUCAUUACUGCAGAUUGGACAAAGAAUUGUCUGUUUAGUACUAGAUAAGUCUGGAAGCAUGGCGACUGGUGGUCGCCUCAAUCGACUGAAUCAAGCAGGCAAACUUUUCCUGCUGCAGACAGUUGAGCAGGGAUCAUGGGUUGGGAUGGUGGCAUUUGACAGUGCUGGCUAUGUAAGAAGUGAACUCUUGCAAAUACACAGCAGCACUGACAGAAAUGUGCUCAUCAAAAGUUUACCCACAGCAGCUUCAGGAGGCACAUCCAUCUGCUCUGGGCUCCAAUCAGCAUCUAAGGUGAUUAAAAAAAAAUAUCCAACAGAUGGAUCUGAAAUUGUGCUGCUGACCGAUGGGGAGGACAACACUAUAAGCGGGUGUUUCAAUGAGGUGAAACAAAGCGGAGCCAUCAUUCACACGGUUGCCCUGGGGCCUUCCGCUGCUGCAGAACUCGAGGAGCUUUCCAAAAUGACAGGAGGUUUACAGACAUAUGCUUCAGAUCAAGCUCAGAACAAUGGUCUCAUUGAUGCUUUCGGGGCUCUUUCAUCAGGAAAUGGAGCUCUCUCCCAACGCUCCAUCCAGCUUGAAAGUAGAGGAUUGACUCUCCAGAACAGUGAAUGGAUGAAUGGCACAGUGAUUGUGGACAGCACCAUAGGAAAUGACACUUUGUUUCUCAUCACCUGGACAACACAACCGCCCCAAAUCCUUCUCUGGGAUCCCAGUGGAAAGAAACAAGAUGGCUUUUUGGUGGAUGCACAAUCCAAAACGGCUUACCUCCAAAUCCCAGGCACUGCCAAGGUUGGCAUUUGGAAUUACAGUCUGCAAGCAAGUUCACAAACCUUAACUCUGACUGUCACUUCCCGCCCAUCAAGUGCUACUGUGCCUCCAAUUACAGUGACCUCCAAAAUGAACAAAGACACAGGCAAAUUCCCCAGUCCUAUGAGAGUUUAUGCAAAUAUCCGCCAAGGAGGCACACCGAUUCUCGGGGCCAGUGUCACAGCCUUGAUUGAAUCAACGAAUGGAAAAACAGUAACCUUGGAAUUAUUAGACAAUGGAGCAGGUGCUGAUGCUACUAAGAAUGAUGGAGUGUAUUCAAGAUAUUUUACAGCCUAUGAUACAAAUGGUAGAUACAGUUUAAAAGUGUGGGCUCUAGGAGGAAUGAAUGCAGCCAGAAAGGGGGUGAUACCCCAGCAGAAUGGAGCCAUGCACAUGGCUGGCUGGAUUGAGAAUGGUGAAGUAAAAUGGAAUCCAACGAGACCUGAAAACAAUAAAAAUGAUCUUCCAGGCAAGCAAGUGUGUUUCAGCAGAACAUCCUCUGGUGGUUCAUUUGUGGCCUCCAGCGUCCCAGUGGCUCCCAUACCUGAUCUUUUCCCACCGUGUCAAAUCACCGACCUGAAGGCAAAAAUCCAAGGGGGCAAUCUUAUUAAUCUGACUUGGACAGCUCCUGGGGAUGAUUAUGACCAUGGAAGAGCUCAGAAGUAUAUCAUUCGAGUGAGUACAAGUAUUCUUGAUCUCAGAGACAAGUUUGAUAAUUCUGUUCAAGUGAACACUACUGAUCUGAUCCCAAAGGAUGCCAACUCUGAAGAAGAUUUUGUGUUUAAACCAGAAAACAUCACUUUUGAGAAUGGCACUGAUCUCUUUAUUGCAAUUCAGGCUGUUGACAAGGUCAAUCUGAAGUCAGAAAUAUCCAACAUUGCACAAGUAUCUUUGUUCAUUCCUCCAGAGACUCCUCCAGAGACACUUCCCCCUUCUGUUCCUUGUCCUGAUAUCAGUAUCAAUAGCACAAUUCCUGGCAUUCAUAUUCUGAAAAUUAUGUGGAAAUGGAUAGGAGAAUUGCAGCUAUCAGUGGGCUUAAACUGA